AUGAUUGCUGGUAUUUCGAAGCAGUCAAUUCUGACUUUCGCUGUCCUCGUUCUUCCCGCACUCGCGCCCAAGCUGAUGGCAGCGUGCAGGAGACUAUCAGAAUUCCACAGCAUAGAGACUUUUAAACGUCUUGAAACUAACAAAAAAUCCCUCAAGUCACUCGCAAUAGUCGCGUCGAUAAUCCUAUUCAACCUCUUGAAGGCUAUCAAAUCAGCUCUCACAUCCGACAACAUCUUCGCAAAGCUUCCUAUAAACGUAUCACAGCCACUCCUCGAAAAUGUUUACAACCCGAACAAUGACGUUAGUUUAUCGACUUUCUUUUCCCGUCUAAAUAGCUUCGAUUUGCGUUUGCAGUAUGUCAGAUGGGGCGAUAGGGCAGCGCGACAAUGCACGUGGUGCUCUCCUCAAAGUGGUCUUGAUUUUGCCUUGGAAUCAUUUAGUGGUACUUUUGCACCAUACGUGAUCACAUUCACUGCCCUUUUAUUCUACAUAGAGCUUCAACACAAGCUGCACCUUGGUAAACCACUUUUCAUGCUGCUUUCGGGGGCCUUCCUUGCUCAUUUCAUCGCUUUGGUGGCGUACGACACCCGUCCAAACCCCAAUUUUCCUCCGACUAUAUUAGCUGACGUGUUGAAAGUACUCAGCUAUGUUUUCUUGACUGCUAUGUCCUCUUACACGCUAUCAGUCAAGCCCAACAAGUACUACUCGUCUCCUCCAGAUGCAAUAAAUCUCCUCAAACCAAUAGUAGUUCCCCAAAAAGCUCUCCUCACAUCCAUCAAAGCACUCAAUAUAACCAAUGAAGCCAGAAGAACACUCAACCUGAACCGCAAAGUACCCACUGAGAGGAUCAAGAAGAGCUCAGAUGUAGCGACAUACCAAGUCAUUGAAAAUGAGGCUGAUCGGCUUAUUGAUGCAUUUGGUUUGUGA